UCAGCUGACCUCUGGUGUUACUGUCCUCUCUUCCGACCCCAGCACCUUCUACAGUGUAUGUGUGGCAACAACAUGUCUGUGCCGCUGCUCGCCGAGGCUGUGACGGUGUCCGGGAUGGAGAAGGAGACCGCGGCGGUGAUCUUCCUUCAUGGGUUAGGAGACUCAGGGCAUGGGUGGGCCGACAGUUUGAUGGGGAUCCGGCUGCCUCACGUCAAGUACAUCUGCCCCCACGCGCCCCCAAUUCCCGUCACUCUCAACUUGAAGUCGACGAUGCCUGCGUGGUUUGACCUCAUGGGUCUCAGCCCCGAAUCCCCAGAGGACGAAUCUGGAAUCAAGAAGGCAGCAGACAACAUCAAGGCCAUCAUCGAACAUGAGGUCAAAAAUGGGAUCCCCCCACACCGUAUAAUGCUUGGAGGCUUCUCUCAGGGUGGGGCUUUGUCCUUGUAUACCGCCUUGACCUGCCAGCAUCAGUUGGCCGGCGUUGUGGCCCUCAGUUGCUGGCUACCCCUUCACAGGAGUUUCCCAUCGGCGUCAAGUGGCCACAAGAACAUCCCGAUCCUGCAGUGCCACGGUGAGGCGGACGUCAUGAUCCCAGUGCCGUUUGGCGCCAUGACGGCAGAAAAACUCAGAUCCAUAGUCAACCCUCAGUUGAUCACCUUCAAAACCUACCCAGACCUCCCUCACAGCUCCAGUCCUCAGGAGAUGGCAGCUGUAAAGGAAUUUAUCGAGAAGUAUUUGCCCCGAAUCUGACCUCACCUCAUCCCCACUGUGACCCCUCCCCCCUCUGAGACACUGACCUCUCACCCCAGAUCUGCCAUUCUCCCACAGGAAACAGCCAUGAGCACCCCCCUCUUCCACGCACAUCGACAAGAUAACAAACACGCGCAUAAAAAAAUUGUGAUUCGAUCGACGCCGCUAAACUAAACAUACGCUUCUCCAUGCAGCCCAACUCACCGACACUCGCACUGAAAACUUAUCAAACACACUAAUUUGAUAAUAACAUAACCAAGUGCUCACACUCACAAGUCUUAGCCUUUUCGGAGGGAGAAACACUGACUCACACAAUACAUUCCCUUUGGUUUUAUUUAAACAUCCUCUGUCUGUCGCCUCCGCACAACCUCAGUCCUUCUCCGCUUUUACCUCAUUUUGCUUUAACGUGUUAUUUUUUCCCCAGCUGUCACAUCCUCCAUUGCUGUUAUUGCCACACCUUUCUCUCUUUCAUUACUGUGUCAGUUUGUGAGACAACAAUAAGACUGAGUUGGAUGAACAGGUUAACACCUACCUGAUUAUUGUUGUUAAAGUGCAGUCAGACCUGAUUUUGCUUCCCAUUCAUUACCAUGUGGAACAGGCCGAGACACAUUUUGCUUCUUGUCACGAACUGACCUGCCUCCUUUCAGUUCACAGAGUUAAAUCUGAUCGAACUUUCACACGUUGAAAUCUGGAGGCUCGCCCACGUCUAGGCAGCUUUGAGAGGAAAAGGUGGGACUGACUUCUCAUUCAGGAAAUAUCGGUUGUUUAUAAUCUUCCUUUUUAUAACUGCACAGUGAAAUAAUGGACGCUGCUUUGGCUGCGGUUUAAUAAACCGCCGUGUAAUUUACAACUUUAUAGCCAGGCUAGCUCCUGUGAACACAUGAGCCAGGUGAGAUUGGGCCUGGCUGCAGCUCCACUCCAGUGUUGCAGUCCCACACAGUCUGACUCGGGUGCUGGUUUUUAGAGGCAGAGCAGCUGAUUUCCCACCAAACCCCCAUCCAUCCCACCUCCCACCAACCCCACGACAGAGCACCGCAGCCUGUCCGGGUCUCGCAUCAUUAAUCUUGACCACUUGACUAUGAACGGCCCCUUUUUUUAUUAAAGUACUAACAUCCACGGGGGGGCUCAUGUUUCUUCUUCUUUUUUUUUAAAUGAGUGUGAUAAAAUAUCUUGAAUUAUAUGAAUAAAAUUCCAUCUGAAAUAAAAGAAAACUAAUCAAUCGA